AUGCCUGCGAAAACACCCUUCUCCGAAGACGAGAAAGAUCCCGCCAAGGAGCUUGUGAAGAAGUACAAGACCGUCAACGAAAAUAAGCGUACGGAUGCAAUAUUUAUCAAUGCAAAAGCCAAGGCAUGGGAAAAACUGUGCACGGAAUUCAACAACAGGCCCUUUGUGCGCCCUCGGGACGUCAAGCAGCUAAAGAAGCUGUGGGAUAACAUAAGGCAAAGUUGGAAGCGGGAGAAAGCGAAGCACAUCCGUGACGUCUUCACUACAAGCAUGUUUCCCUUCUCUGUAAAAAGGUCGCCGGUGCUACGAGUUUUGGGGUAUUUGCAGGAGGCGGCCCCCCACCACCAUGAACGAAAGGCUCGCGCAGAUCAAGCCAUUGUUUCGCACCUGACCACGCGGGUGCCAAAUCCUUUUGACAGCGACCGGUCGCUUGACACGCCAGCAGCAUAA